GCGCGCUGUGCCAAUCCACGCUGACUGCGCAGAGGCCGCACGAGAACUGUAUGCCAGAAUUCAAGCCGAUCCGUGCUACAUCCAAGGCGCUUGGACGCCUGCUCAGUGGGCAGCAAUUUGUGAUGCGUUCGAGCUUGAUUUGGCUCUGCCCAUGCGACACCCGGAUACUGCCACAUGUGUGCUGUCCCGAGCCUACGCUCGAAAUACAAUUCGCGUUAACGUGCCAUCUGGCCUCUUUCUUGAAGCCACCUUGCACGUCGAACGUUUCCUAUGCACUGAGCCAUGCCGUGCUCGAACGCGCCCAGUGGCCGACAUUCGCGCAUUUUUCCGGUCCGUGACCUUGGUCGGCAGUCGCCGCAAUCCGGCUAUUCGCUAUGCAGGCACCCUAUUCUGCUUGCCGCAGGACUUGCCCGCAGAGCCAGCAGAGCUCCUCUGGGAACGGCUCCGCCAAACUCCCGCAAUCGCGUCUGGCUCCUUGCCGAUAGCUGCUUUCCGUGCCCUGUGGAUGGCCCUGUUAGCUCAAAUUGCCGACCGCCCUGGCGCGCCGUCCGUCAAGCUUGUGCUUCACACUAUGUCUUGCACUGUGCCAGCGACUGUUGCCUUCGAUGCUGCGUUGGAAUUGGCUCCCCUCCAAGUGCAACCUCCUACUGCCGACGGCAUGCCGCAAGCUUGGCAUGCUUUCCGAACUCGGUGGCUCAGUCCACGUGACCUCCCUGGCCAGCCUUUCCAUCCCGACGGCCACUCCCACGCAUCAGCCCCUGCAGCCGUCGAGCCACGCGCCUAUGAUGCUGAUGAGCACAGAGACCUAGCGCCACGAUCUUGCCCUGAGCCUUCCUUGCCCUGGCUCUGCCGCUUCUGCUCUUCCUCCUUCUCCGACUCCAGCGAUUUCCAGGACCACUUGCGGACGCACCACCAAUGCGAUUUAUGCACCUAUCCAGCCCUCCUUCGUGCAUCCCUGGCCACUCGCUUUCCGACCCCGGCAGACCCGCGCCUCUUGCGACGGACCCUAGCGUCUUAUCGAGACACCUUGGCCGCCACACUAGUCAAGACUGUCACGCCUUGUGCUUCCUGCGCGACCGUGCCAGAUAUGCACGGCUCAGCCACUUUUGACCUCCGUGAUGGCACCUUUGACUUAGCCGGCCUGCACGACCUCCUCUCUGUUGGCGCCUACUGUGCCAGAUAUACAGCCUUGUUGCCUCUCGGAUUGCCGUGUGACUUUGUUGGACUGCAGCCAGAAGCCUUGAGCCGCGCGUCGGUCCCCGCUCCUGCAAUUGCGAACAUUCCUCUGCAGCCCCUGCCUACAAAUCGCUGGAUUCUCUUCCUGCCAAGCCCUGCAGCUGUUGACGCGUGGACAGAAGCUGCAGCCGACUGUGGCCGCUCCUUGCCAGUUUGCCUGUGCCAUGCUUGUGUAAUCGCGUGGCGAUGCCGCGCGCCGCGUUUACCAGGAGUGGGAUUGGCGAAUGGAAAUCUGCAUCUGCCAGCACCGCCUGAGCUACAGGGUCUCACCGAGGCAGAGCUGCUUUUCAUCGCCCGCGGCUUUACCGUUGUCAAAUUGAAAUCCCUCCCCGCCAAAGGACCGCCUGAGGCGCGGCAACGCGCGCUCCUCGGAAAUGUGAUAAGCUUCCCCCAGGAUGCAGCGCAGCUCGUCCAUGCACUCCCUCGCUCGGCUGCUUCUGUAGCAGAAAUGCUGAGCGUCUUCUUCCCCCCGGAAGAUGCCAACUCCUUGCGCCACAUCCCCGAAUUCAUAGUGCGCCAAGCUCGCGUCAGAGCUGCGCUGCUUUGGCUGCAAAAACAUAACCCUUUCUACGCUCCUGUAGCCUUGGAUGAAGAAGCAUUGGAAACACUGCCCCAGGAAGCCGUGCCUGCAGCGCUGCUCCAAGCCGCGCGCCCGCUGCCGCCAGAAGAUGCACCGACUGCUCACGAAGGCCCGGCUGAAGCUGUGUGCGCCUGCCCUUUCCCGCGAGACGGCGGAUGUGCGUGUUCUCAGCGCAGCUGUGAAGGUGAGGCAACUCAUCCCCUUGCACGAUGGCAACAUGCAUUGACCGCAGUCGAGGACGCUGCGGCUACGCUCGCGGAAGCUCCCGGUGGACCCUUGCAAGACUUUGUCGUCAGUACUGCUGUAGCGGCUACUACGUCCCUCCUUGCUCCAGCAGCGGCCGACAUGACCCACACCGACGCUGUGCAAGACGCAAACGUUUUUGCUGUUGUUCCUCACGGAACCGUGCCGCUAAGUGCUUUUGAUCCUGCGUACUGGACCUUCUGCUUCCCGCAUCUCUUCCCCUACGGCGAGCCGACUGAGCAGACAACUCGGACGGUGCACUUACCAGACCGUGAUUGGGCACGCAUGCUGCUCUCCACAGAAGAUCGUACCUCCGAACAAUAUCCGUGGCGCUUGGAUCACUCCUUCAUUGCUGUUGUUUUUGCCGUCCUGCAUCGCCGUGCCCUCAUGAGAGCAGUGCGUGCCAAACUGAGCAGUCCAACAUUCCAACGAACGGUGCAAGACUUGCAAAGCCUCCGCAGUGUGGAUUUUGCUGCCGUGUACGAGACGCUUGGCGAGCACGGUGGCGUGCCGCAGGCAUUGUCCCACCCCCACGUCUCCGCCCAAAUGAAAAACUUGCUGCGCACGUUGCGUCUCGUCACUGCCCAGGUGCCCUGCACCGACGGUGCUCGCCAUGCCAUGCGCCACGAAAUCAAUGCCUUGCAGCUUUAUUUCGGCUUUCCGUGCCUUUUCAUCGCACUGAAUCCUUGCGACACGCGGCAUCCAUUGACCUUUAAGAUGCAAAUGCUUAACAUGCAACAGUGGGAGCUGCCAUUGCCACGUAUGGACGAGUACCUGUGCGCUGCGUUGCGAGAAGCUGACCUGCCACACCUCAACCUCCCGGUGGCCACCGCUCAUGAGGGCGUCUUCGGCCCCGUGGCUGCAUUCUACGGCGUGACAGAGCCGCAGCUCCGCGGCAGCUUGCAUUUGCAUAUGUUGGUUCACUUGCACGGUGCCUCCGGCCCGCAGGAAGUGCUCUCGCGCUUCCAGCAAAACUUGCCCGCAUUGCGCCAGGCCCUUAUGGCAUGGGCUGCAACACUGCAACAGUGUUCCUUGGAAGCCAUUCCUGAAGUGCUGGGCAUGCCUGCUGCCCGCGAUGCUCUUCGUGCCCUUCAGCCAUUGCCAUUCUCACACGCACACCGCCAGGCCUUGGGCCCUGCCUGCCAUGACUUUGUCUCCUCUGCGGCAAAACAUUGGUUUGCCGCUGAUCCGGCACGCGCGCUCGAGGCUGAGCAAUCCGCAAGCGGAUGCUGGUACGAUCCCUUCGCUGACCUGGCCGCAACGCGACCGGCUUGCCUCCCUUGGCCACGAGAUUAUCUUGCAACGCACGAGUCCUCCCCAGCUGCCAGCGAUUGGACUGCUAUGCUCCUCUAUGACGUGCGGCGCACUGCAGUUCAGUGCGCGCUGCACGAGUGCAGGCCACGCACCUGCUGGAAAGGCUGGCUUGGCCGCAUUCGCUUCUGCCGCUUGGGCUUCUGGCACUGGCGCCACGUUAGUGACGCAGCGCAUCCGCGCGCGUGGCGAAGAAUGCACGGAGCAGCGUUGCAGCCGACUGGCUGCACCAUUGGGACCACCCCUCCUACUCGUGGCCUUCUCGCGCCAGAGCGUCACCAUCCAUACUUCACCAAAAUUAACCUCGCCAUUCUAGCCGCCACAAAGUCCAACCACGACGUCAGCAUUCUCUUGCGGGGUCCACCUGCUGACCUCCCAAACGACUACGAUACAUUCUUGCAGUUCAUGCUCGGCAGCGUGCGCAGCACGGCCUUUUACAUCACAGCUUACACCAGCAAAGUGCAACCGCAACUCACCAACCUCUGGCUGCUUUUGCAAUCGGGCCAAGCGACCCUCGAAGCUGAGCUCCGCGACCUUCCAGACCCGCUGCCCAGUCUCCAGCAUGCUUCCAAAGUAUUCAAUCGCAUGAUCAGCGCGUGCCAAAAGCGAGUCCACAAAAGCAUGCCCGAAAUGGUGCAGUUCCUUUUGCGCCAGCCUGAAGCGUACAAGUCGCACACUUUCGUUCCACUCUUCCUCACCGAUCUGCUGCGCCAAGCAGCUGCCCUGCUGCAGCCUGAGGAUCAAGCUGCUAGCAGCCCUAGCAACGUGGUGUUGCUGCCAGCCACCGCAGGUCCGGACCCAACACACCCAGGAACAUCCGGCCCAGUCCGGCCAGUUCCUCUUGUGCCGCAGUCCACGGACUACCUCUGCCGCGGCCCUGAUCUUGCUGCCUGGCCCUUGUAUUUUUAUGUUGCCGGUGUGCGACGCGUUCGCAGGCGAGAUGUCCCAGAUGACGCCGCAGUCGUGCCCUUUGAUUGCCAACACCCCUUAGCCUCCUCCUGCGUCCAAGUGGUCGCACUGCACACCCCAUGGGCAGUUCCACGCUUCAUUGGCAGUAGUCUACCGGACCCGUCUGCGGACGUGGACAGGUUUGCGCAAGUCAUGCUCCUGCUCUUGAAACCUUGGCGCAGACCUGAUUUACGCGACCUGCUCCCUCCUGUGGCCCGCGACACUUCGCUCCCUGCCUCCUCCUGGGCUACUGCCCUUGCUGAGUACGAGCUCUCUCUCUGCCUGCCUGCUCCUUCCCCUGAAGCGCCCUUACCCUGCCGUGGCCAACCCUUCUCGCCUCGUUAUUGGACCCAGCGUGCAGCGCACAUUCUUCAGAACGCCCGCAACUUAACCGGCGCGCCUGUUGACACCAACGCCGCGGCUUUGCGGGUCAACCCGGAUGCCGCUGCCGGAUGCGAAGAUUCGAUCGAACUCCCGCCAAUCGACCCCAGUCGCCCCGCCAACCGGGCACCCUUCGAGCAGCCAAGCGACACAGACGAUGACCCAGAGGAAGCAGAGCAACUGCCCGAAUUUGUGCCCAGGGCCGUUCCCGUCUUGACUUGGCACGAUGUCUCCAACAUGAGCCGCGGAGCCUUCUCGACCCGUUCCAUCCCUGACCCGUACCGCGACAGCUUCCUGGCGACGCACGCUCCAGCCAGUCUCUUCCAAGCCGUGCUGCCCAGGCCCGCUCCAGAGGCCGCUGUACCAAUUCGUGCUCCUGCCAACGCUCUGCGGCGCGGGGAGCUCAACUGGGAUGCUGUGGUUGCCGCGUGGGAAUCUGAGCAAGCGCUAACUGCUAGUGAUGCACGCCAGCUCCCUCUUCGCGCCGCCGAUGUCUUCACUACUGAGCAGCUCCUCGCAGACUGGCUUUACGUCUGGAUGCUGUUUCUAGAUGAAUGCUCCAUGGUGCCGGCGGAAACCAUGGGCCUGGCAGAACUCUCCACACGUUCCAUAGAGAGGGCCUCAGCGUGCAUUGCUCUGGAGACUUCCUUCAGCUCCCUCCUGUGCUUGCCACCAGCCUUGCAGACCCCGUCGAGCCCCCGGGCCACUAUGAUUCCGACACACGGCAGCGCUGGCGAUCGCAUCGGAUGCCGGCGCUGUCACGCUGUCUGGACGCAAUUCACGAAGUGCAUUUGCCUCGAUUACAGCCACCGGUGCCGCGGAGACCUGGCUGACAUCAUCGCCACUCUCCGCACCAGCCCAAGCGGACUUUCCGAGCAGCAGUGGCGUCUCUUGCAAAGCCGCGUGCUGCGCAAAGACGAUGCGCGUCUUCGCCACGAAAGAUUUGCUGCGCCUACUGCCGUCCUUGGCGUCCUGCGCCACGCCGUGCGUGCUGCCUUGACCCCUGCGCGUGCACACGCGCUCGCUGCCAGCGCCGGCAGGCGCCUUUGCAUUUUGCCGGCGUCAGACAUCAUCCGCGGUGAUGACGGCGUGCUGGCGAGGGAUCCUUCCUUUGCGCAUCGAUGUCUUGCUGUGCAUAGCCUCAGCGCUACCAAAAACUUGCCCGGCUUCCUCUUCCUUUGGCUCGGCUGCGAGCUGCUUCUGGAAGAGAAGCUUUGUGACGACCUGGGGCUCGUCCGUGGCUGCCGCGUCACGCUUGUCGAUAUCAUCCCAAGCGAAGGGCAAGUCCUCGGAUCGCAUGAUCCAUCCCUGUCGCCAUUUGUGCUAGCAUCUUGCCCCGCUGGCUUGGUUGUGCGCUUGCCUGGCGCAACAUGGAUCAAAGACCCUACGUUGGGGCCCGGUGCGUUCUUCAUCAGCCCCAGAACAAGGUCGUGGCGCUUCGGCCCCGGAGCUAACGAAACAGACUUCCAGCCUGCAACUGUUGCACGCACGCAGCUCCCCUUCACGAAUUGCGUUGCAUUCACUGCGUACGGGCUUCAAGGCGCCACCGUGCCAGGCCUGAUAGCCGACCUCGCCGCGCCGCCAAAGAUGCCGCGGGAAGAAUUUUGGAUGGCCCUGUAUGUCCUCCUCAGUCGAGUCACUCACUUGGAUCACUUAUUGCUCUUUAGGCUGCCUUCUCCAGCGCAGUGCAGCGGCGGGCCACCUGCCAGUGUCCAAGCCGAAAUUUCACGCUUGCGCGCCAUCCAAGAAGCCACGCUACGCGGUCUUGCCGAAGACACACGUGCGCGGGGCCUUCACGCCCUCUAUGAGUCUGUCGUGCAGCCACUAUUGCCCCAGCGCGCGUGA